CACCAAACGACCGGCGGACCCCGACGCACUUGAAAGUUGUAGUUUCACUCUCUUACCACGACCCUUCCAUUUUCUCAGAUUCUCGUCUUUCCCCUCUUUAUAAGCCCCCUUAUGGCCCUUCCGUUCCCUGCAUUCGCAUUUCUGUGCAUCGCAUUCCACUUUGAAUUCCUUACAUUCUGCUAAGGAUUCUCAUUCGUCCCAUGGCAAUGAAGAAAAUAGUACUAAAAUUGUCCAUUGAGGACGAAAACAGCAAGAAAAAGGCACUCAAACAGGUUGCACGUGUCCAUGGGGUGGAUUCAGUGGCGGUGGACAUGAAGGAGAAGAAGAUCACUGUGAUAGGGGACGUCGAUCCCGUCUGUCUGGCCUCUAAACUCAGGAAAUUCGGCUUUGCAGAUUUGCUGAGCGUGGGUCCUGCGAAAGAGGAGAAGAAGGAAGGCGAGAAAAAAGAGGAGAAGAUGGAGGGCGAAAAAAAAGAGGAGAAGAAACCUCAAGGCGAAGCAAAGAAGGAGAACAAAGCAGAACCUCCAAAAGUUGAAGUUGUGUAUCAUGUGCCCAUCACCUACGAUUACAGACCGUAUGAAUACACUGCUGUGAGAGAGGAAUAUCCUAAUACUUGUGUUAUCUGUUGAGCGAGCUUUUAGACAACGAUCAUUUGUAAAAUAAAGGAGAUUUUAUUUGAAUGCCGAUCCCCGAUCGAGCGUAGGGUAGGACAGAGCCUGAAGUAGGGUUUUAAGUUUGGGGGUAACCUGAAUAUGUAUAGAAAAUCAGAAAUACGAAUGAGACUCUUUAUUUUCCCUUU